GUCAAGGUCAUGCAUUCGGCAUUGUGCGGUGGAGGCGGGAUUUGUCUGAAGUAUUAGGUAGUGACCAAGAAACUGCUGGUCGUCCGUCGAGAUAAUUCAAAAAAAGUGAUUAACAAAUGACAAGCUCAUUUUAUUUGCGAUACUACGUUGGUCAUAAAGGCAAGUUUGGACAUGAAUUUCUUGAAUUCGAGUUCAGACCUGAAGGCAAGUUAAGAUAUGCUAACAACUCCAAUUAUAAAAAUGACACAAUGAUUCGCAAAGAGGCGUAUGUUAGCCCCUCUGUAGUGGAAGAGCUGAAGAGAAUCGUGUUGGAGAGCGAUAUUAUGUCGGAAGAUGAUGCUUCAUGGCCAGUACCUGACAGAGUUGGCCGUCAGGAGCUCGAAAUUGUUUGUGGCGAUGAACACAUAUCUUUCACAACUUCAAAAAUAGGAUCUCUGAUUGAUAUUACGAAUAGCAAGGAUCCUGAGGGAUUAAGAACAUAUUACUACUUAGUUCAGGACCUCAAGUGUCUGGUGUUCUCGCUGAUUGGAUUGCACUUCAAAAUAAAGCCAAUAUAAUACGUUCCGUUUCUUAGUAUUUUUCUGUUUCAGCUUAUUCUUUUGGGCACCUAGGAGCAAACCAAUAACUUGGACGAAAAUGAUACUCAGUUGAAUGUUCAGUAGUAUUGUAUUUUCGGGCAGAGUCAAGAUAAAACUCCAAGUUCUAUCUUAGGUUGAAAAAUCGUAUCGAUAUUAGCAUCGAGAUGUGGCUUUCGAUACUGUUGCUAGUUAGAUUGGAUGCCAGUCAGUCAUCUACAACGUAGGACUAAGUACAUAUAUGCGUCGGUCCAAGUUAUCAUGCCCCAAUAGCACAACAUGAACAACUAAUUCAUAAAAGUUACUUCAAGAAUACAAAAAAGAGCAUGCAAGGAUAUAAUAUAGGGAGAAAGAACUAUUUGGUAAAAAGGAAGGUAUGAAGUAAUUUUAAUCUCACGGUUUUAGGGAAGAAAAAGUGUGUAUACGCCUGCGCCAUUGUGAUAGAUUUUGGGCCAUGUCACUUAGUUUCCAACCACCGCACGGGCCCCAACCAAGUAGUCUGCAUCUAACAAUAUGACUGAGACAAGGAGUUAGUGACUUUAUGAACGAGUGCCACGGUUUGCUCUGACCGCCCAUGACUUCUAUCAGUGUUCAAAUGUAUAAAAUAUCUGUCUACAAAAAUCCAUGAGAAGAUUUAGUUUGAUUAUUUCUAUGCAUAAAGUAAUAUCUUAGCAAUUUCAGUUAGGGCUAUGCAAAAACAUACUCUUCUUGAUUAUAAUUAGGUUUCUCGCCCGUUAUCAUUUUGAAUGAAAUACAAAAGACAGGACGAUAUGUAUUGGUAAUGGGUGUGUUUGUGAUAAACCUCCGACUUACUUGCGCCAGGUAUCAAUAGAAUAAGUUUGAACAUAUUCGUUUCUGAAGCUCAACCAAAUACUCCAUUACGCUUUUGAGAUAUAGAUUUAUUGCUGAGGUGGUGAUUUUGGCGAAGUCUCAUUCUCAGAAAAGUGGACUCCAACUCACGCACUGAAAGACCGCUCAGCAUCAGUGGAAAGCAAGAUGCUAAUAGACGCACCGUGUGACAUCGCAGUAGGUAGGUGUUUAUAUCCUUAAAGGCCAGCUUGAUAUUAGUACUCAGUGGGGUUCAUUUACGCCUGUUGCCACUCGUGGUAGAACAUAAACUGUCCACCAACAUUAUCCAUCCAACUCUGUUCUUAGGAAUUAUUCUCAGUUCCUAUCCAUCCUUUUCAUGUCUGUUUCCAAUUCCCGGCGUUAUUUGGCCGUCCUCAUUUCCGUUUCCCUCCACGAUUGCAAGUUAACUCGCUUGCCUCGUGAUGCAGUUUGG